AUGUCAUCAAACAAUUGUGAAUCAAGUAAAUACACUCAAAAGUUUGAUCUAUGUAAUAUUAAUAAUAGAAGGAAAACUCCGAAAUUUUGUCCCGAUUGUAAAGAAACAGAUGAUAGUAUUAAGUUACUUACUAGUAAAAUGAGCAAGAUUGAAGAGAUUAUUGAUGGUUUUAAAAAUUGUCAAAAGAAAAAAAUAGGAAAUUUUUCAACGUUCAAUGCAAAAUUUACAUUAAAUGAUGUACCUUGUGAACUAGAGUAUGAUUUAUCAAGCUUUACUUUAGAAAAUUUACAAAAAUUAGUAAUCUUUACAACUAAAAAUCGCACAUCCAUUAAAAAUUAA